GUACACCAAUACUGCUGUAGCAGAGUAAUCCACAGAAACAAUGUCACCCCAGCUACUUCUGUGUGUCCGACUUCGCACACAUUUGAAGCGCUGAUGCUGGUGGAGGCUGCAGUGGCAGGAUGGAGCAGACACCAGGACUUUGCCCACCGAGCUGGCUGUACCCACACUGAUGUCCUGGGACAGAGCAUCCUGAAGAGGGGAAGAGACCACAGCAGAGUGCAGGAGAAUGAAGAGAAGCAAGUGGUCCCACAAAUGUCCCUCACGAAGGAAGAUUUUGAUUCUGUGUGUUACUGGGUGGCUGAUUGCACUGCUGAAGCUCUUCCAUGUCGAAAGACACUUUUUUCCCUCUAAAGGCAUCUACUUAGUUGAGCACUUCUUGAGCACUUCUUCUUAUGUUAGAAACAGAUAUUCAUACCCUAGAAAUGAGUUCCAAUAUGAAAUUAAUUGUUCAUCUAUAUAUGAACAGGAUCCUCAUGAAAUUGGCAAGAGUUUAGAGAUAAGAAGAAAAGAAAUAGUUGAUUUAGCUGAUGAAGAUGUUGUAGCAAUGACAAGUGACUGUCACGUGUAUCAUUCACUUAGGAAAUACCACCUAAAACCUGUUUCUCCAGAGGAGGAGAGUUUUCCAAUUGCCUAUUCUUUGGUUGUUCACAAAGAUGCAGCAAUGGUGGAAAGGCUCAUACAUUCGUUGUACAGUCGUCAAAAUAUUUACUGCAUCCACUAUGACCAAAAAGCAGCAAAAAGUUUCAAAUCUGCUUUGAACAAUCUAGCUAAAUGUUUCCCAAAUAUUUUCAUUGCAUCAAAAUUGGAGACAGUGGACUACGCACAUAUUUCACGCCUGCAAGCAGAUUUCAAUUGUUUGUCUGAUUUGAUGGACUCUCCAGUUGCUUGGAAGUAUGUUAUCAAUUUGUGUGGCCAAGAUUUCCCUUUGAGAUCAAAUUUCGAGUUGGUUGCUGAACUGAAGAAACUUGGUGGAGGAAACAUGCUUGAAACUUCAAAGCCAAGCAGUAGCAAAAGAGAAAGAUUUACUUAUCACUAUGAACUUAUGAAAGUGCCUUAUGAAUACAUGCAGAUGCCUGUAAAAACCAACAUUUCCAAGAAUCCGCCACCUCAUGAUAUUGAGAUAUUUGUAGGCAGUGCCUAUUUUGUUUUAAGCCGAGAAUUUAUCCAAUAUGCCCUUGAAAGCUCACUUGCAAAAGAUUUUUUUGAGUGGUCAAGGGACACUUACUCUCCAGAUGAACAUUUCUGGGCCACUCUUGUACGUGUCCCCGGGGUCCCUGGGGAAGUUCCGAGGUCAUCCCAGGAUGUGACAGACUUGCAGAGCAAAACUCGCCUGGUGAAGUGGAAUUAUCUCGAGGACUAUCUGUAUCCUCCCUGCACUGGCACCCACCUCCGCAGUGUCUGCAUCUACGGGGCUGGAGAACUGAGGUGGCUUCUGAAUUACGGGCACUGGUUCGCCAACAAGAUUGACUCCAAAGUGGAUCCUGUCCUGGUGAAAUGCUUGGCAGAAAAGGUGGCAGAGCAGCAGAAGGAGUGGGUACACUUGUCCUCUGAUGAAUACUUCCUGCACUUAAGUUCUACGAAUGCCUUGACGUAGCAGUGCUGUGUUCUCUGCUGUCAGUGCUGUGUGCACAGCACCUACAGUUCUGCUCCUUGACCUGCUGCAGGAUGGCAGUGAGAAAAAGGGGCAUUCCAUAUAAAAUCCAGGGCCCUGCAGAGCCAGCUGCCUGGCUAUUUAUUGAUGAAAAGUCAUGUCUCUCUGACUAACUCUUUUGCCACAAUAAACCUGUAAUUGUCUUCAGGGUGAUUCUGAAAUGGUGAAGUUUGCUUUUGGAGGCUCUUGUUCUGUCCCAGUGGAGUAUUCCAGAAAUGUAUUUUACUUCAGAUGUGUUUAUAUCUUUUAUAAGAAACUCCAGCACUUCUGUCUGCUUGUCCUCUUUUUCCUUCACUUUUGCUUUUCUUAAAGGAGUAAAGGGAAGACCUCUGUAUCUGCUACCUCAGGAAAACUGCAAGUGCCCAUGUCACAGAAAAAACCAAGAGAUCAGCAUGAUACCAAAUGACCCGUGUGACCUCACCUGAAGUUCCACACUUCCCGUCUGUGGGAGCUGCAUAGAUCUUUGCAAUGUGAAUAUGACUGGAUGAUUUAAGGGAGACAGGAUCCCUGUACACUGCAUUGUGUGCACCACUGUUCUCCCAGCUAAUUUAUGCUUUGCUUUUCCUUCUGUGAUCAGGGGCUGUGCCAACACUGUUGGUUUCAGGAACAGUGAAAGAUGGUUGGAACAGUUGUGCACUGUUGAGUGCACACAGCUGUGUGUGCUCCAAAGGCAGAAUACAUACGUGCCCUCAGGGCAGUCUCUGCAGCUACUUGGGGGAGGUAUCCGUGCCAAAAGAGGUCAAUCUUCAUUUCUGUCUGUUUGUCAGAAUAUCUUUCUGUGAAAUCCCAGUGCUCUUGGGACAGUCUACACACAGUGGAUAACAAGUGCUAUUUCUAGUUGGUGUUCAGCAGCGUGGUAGAGCACACAAAGUUGAGCAGUAAUCUCAAGAAUAGCCAUAUUUUUUAAUGAAUCACAGAAUCAUCCAGAAAUUAAGACCCUGCAUGGAGUGUCUUUCUGUGCAAGUCCCGUGGCUGUGCACUGCCAUGAUCCCAGGCUGGCAAGUGCCUGAAUGGGCCCUGGUUCAGCUGCAGAGCAAGAAUUCUCCAGCAGCCCCUGCUUGCCGUGGCCCUCCUGGUAGUGAAGUAGCUCAGGAGCCUUCUCCCAGCUGGGCUUCCCACAUUCCAGCAGGAGGGAAGGGUCUGCAAGGGCAGGAGUCUCUGCAGAAACUUCUGCAACUCAGAAAUGCCUCUUGGCAUUUUGGGGGUUUCCCUGGAGAGUUGCUCUGCCACAAGUUCUGUUUUGGUGGUUCCAGUGGAUCCCGGGGUUGAGCUUUCUCCAUGCCACUGUCUUCUUUCUAGCUAUCUGUCUUUUAUUAAGGGACCUUUCUCCAUGAGUGACUUUGGGAUAUCUGUAUCUGGUCUUACUGAUCUACAGAUUGCUCCAGUAAUGACCAUGUCUCAUCUCAAUGAGAAAUCUCUGUUCCUUACUUGAGCUGAAAGAACCAACUUGCUUUUUGGUCUUGAUUUCUUUUUAUAAUUUUAGUCACAGUGAAAUCUUCUGUGGCUCAAGGCUGGUCUGCGAGUCAGGGUUCUCAGGCCUUUUUCCACAUUUGUGACACUGAUUUUCAGUAAGACCUCAGACAAGCCGCCUGAGUUUUCUGUUUCAGCUGUUCCUGUUUAAAAUGGGAACUAUUAUCUUCUACUGUCUUGCUGAGCACCUUGAAACCUGUGGGUGUUGUGGGUUUGGCUGCACAAUACUAAUUAUUUGGUAUUAACUUAUUUUGUGAAUAAUUUCUUAUCCACAAAACUAUUUAUCUAGUCUGGCUGCACAGAUCAAGUAUUUCUUAAAUGUACUGUUUCUGAAAUAAAUGGGGAUUAUUUUUAAAGUGUGUGUUGCUUAUUUCAGUGACAUGCCAUGUCUGCUCAAGGCUGUCCUGACUUGAUGUAAUUUAUAAAUACUUUGUAGAAAAUUAAAUGUUGAUAGUAUUUACAGAUUCAUGUAUUAGCACUUGCAUAUAAAAUAGAGUCCUCUUCUGGCAGAAAGGUUAAUAAAAGAGAAUGUUAGGAUCCCAGAGGGCCAAGCUACAAUGUUCUGUACCUAUAAAUUAAUGCUUAAUGAUAUAUUUGAAAUUUUGUAUUUAUUUAAACUAGCUUUAUACAUGUAUGUACACAUUCACCCAUUUGGAUUUAAUUGCAGUUGUUUGAUUGGCCAUAAAUUUAUAAUUUUUAAAAAUAUAAAUUUAUAAAUUUAUUUAAAAUAAUCUG